UUCAAUUUGUCUACAGGUUCAGUUUCUAAAGAUGGAUUUUAAAAUAAUCUUUGUUCUUUGUCUUUCUUUUGCUGCAACUUUGGCUUCCCCGCUGAAUGAAGCAGAAGUUAAAGCUGACCUUAGAUGUCCCCACUAUGGGUAUGGCUGUGAUGGUGAAGUUCUAAUGGAUUCGUAUGUCAAUGAUUGGGAAAUUUGUGCUCUUAACUGUUUGGAGGAGAGGUCCUGUGUUUACUGGCAUUGGGAUACAUUGGAUCAUCCUGACUUUCCUGGUCGGUGCUACCUAAUGGGUUCAUGUACUGUAAAACAGGGGUACCAAUGGAUCUCUGGAAAUUAUGACUGCUACAACAACCAUUGUACUCACUGAAGAUGGAAGAGUUUAAAAUCGUCAUUUAUAAUUAUAUUGACAAAACUUUAUUGGAAUGGAAUUACAAACUUUUUUCAAAUACUGUUUCUUUUUCUCAAGAUUUUCCCUGCUUUUUUUGUGAUAUUAAAACCACAUUUUAGUUUCACUAAAAAAACAUGCUGAAAAUUUUAGAGUAGUGUAAUAAUAACUGUUAUUAUAAUUCAAUUUAUUGUAUUUUCAAAAAUAAAAGUAAAAC